CCGAGUGUCGACGGGGGACGCCGCAAACACUCGAUACAAUGCUGUGGCUACUCCUCGCGUGUGCGGUCGGUGUGAACGGUCUGGCGGAAUACAAGCUGCCGGGUCUGGUGGCGCCGUCGCACUACGACGUACGGCUGACGUACGACGUCGACCCCGCUACUAACUUCAGCUUCUUCGGCGUCGUGGAUAUCACGUUAUUCGUCAAAGAGUCAACGUCGAAGAUCGUCCUCCACGCGCAAGAUUUGCUCAUUGCUGACGAAAAUGUGGCCAUCAAAGGUCCGGAACCCGUCAAGGUCACCAGUGUCUCCAUCAACGACACUUACAACUUCCUGACCGUGACCCUGGGUGAUGAGCUACGCGAGGGUCAGGAGUACCACCUGGUGGUGCCCUUCAGUGGCAACCUGAAGAAAGGUCUUAAUGGAGCUUACGUGAGCAGCUACACGCUGAAGGACUCGGAUUGGAUACACUAUCUCAUAACCACUCAGUUCGAAGCGAUAUCAGCUCGCAAGGCGUUCCCGUGCUUCGACGAGCCGAUAUACAAAGCCACGUUCGCCAUCAACAUCGGCCACGACGCCACAUACACCGCCAUCUCCAACAUGCCGCUAGCUGAGUCGUCUAAGGACAAUGCUCUUGAAGAACACUGGUCAUGGGAGGUCAUUGGAGAUAAGUUCAAGAAACCAAAAUCAAUGUUCAUAUGGUCCCAAUUCGAGACAUCAGUACCUAUGUCUACCUACCUGGUGGCAUACGUGGUGUCCACCUUCGGCCACGUGGAAAGUCCACCCGAGCUGUCCACCACCAAGUUCAGGGUCUGGGCGAGGAGAGACAGCAUGGAUCAGGCAGCAUACGCGGCGACCGUCGGCCCCAAAGUCCUUACGCACUUCGAGAGCUACUUCAACCUGUCGUUCCCCCUGCCAAAGCAGGACAUGAUAGCUAUACCGGACUUCAGCGCCGGUGCCAUGGAGAACUGGGGCCUUAUCACGUACAGGGAGGUGGAUCUGUUGUAUGACAAGAUGGAGUCAUCCUUCUUGAACAAAGAGAGGGUUGCUGAGGUGAUAGCCCACGAGCUCGCUCAUCAGUGGUUCGGUAAUCUCGUCACCAUGAAGUGGUGGUCUGACCUCUGGCUGAACGAGGGCUUCGCGACGUACGCGGCCAGCGUCGGCGUCGCGCACGCGGAGCCGUCCUGGCGCGCGGAUAGACUGUACGCGGUGGACAACGCGCUGAGUGUGAUGUCGUUGGACGCUCUCGAGUCUUCGCACCCGGUAUCAGUAGAGAUCACAGACCCGAAGCACAUCUCGGAGAUAUUCGACAGCAUCUCGUACCGCAAGGGCAGCGCGCUCAUCCGCAUGAUGUCCAUGUUCCUCGGCGACGACGUGUUCCGGCGGGCUCUGCACAACUAUCUCCAAAAGUAUUCCUACUCUAACGCGGAACAAGACGACCUGUGGGGGGAGUUGGACGCGGCGAAUGAGGCGAGCGGGGUUACCGGGCUCAACGUGAAAACGGUUAUGGACACGUGGACUAAACAGACAGGGUACCCGUUAGUGACGGUGACCAGGAACUAUGGGGACAAGACAAUGAGUGUUACGCAGAAACGCUACCUAUCCCUCGCUGCAUUACGCCAAUCAUCAUCAUCAUGGUUCGUCCCGCUAAGCGUGCUGUGUGAGCCUGACGAGAGGAAACCACCGGUGCAGUGGCUUACAAACGAGCAGGGUACUAGCUCCCCCCAUAUCAUGAGCCAUGACUCAGCUGAAGACCAGUGGGUGCUGUUUAACUAUGAUAUGAUUGCCCCGUACCGCGUGAAUUACGACGAACGCAACUGGGGGCUCAUCUCCGCGGCGCUACGCGGAUCGGGACUACCGCGCGUGCCGGUGCUCGCUCGAGUACAGCUGCUGAGUGACUCCUUCGCGCUCGCCUGGCAGGGAGAACUGCCGUAUUCUGUGCCGCUACAACUAGCAUCCUACCUCCAACGCGAACGCGAAUACCUGCCUCUCUACACCGGUCUAUCGGCCCUCUACAACAUACACAACGUGCUCAAACGUGCUCCUGAGUACGGUGCUUUCCAGAAGUAUGUCCGACGCCUGAUAGGACAGACUUACGAGAGGGCUGGAGGAUUAUCAGCCAAGAAGAUAGUGGAUGGAGAUAAUCUUAUGAGUGUUAAGUUGCAGGUGACGACCAGUUCAUGGGCGUGUCGCGCGCGCGUGCCCGGCUGCGAAGAGAAUGCGGUCGAGAUGUACCAGCAGUGGAUGGAAACCGAGGACCCUGAUGACAACAACCCAAUCCCCCUGGACCUGCGCCGUACGGUAUACUGCGUGGCGGUGCGUCGCGGCUCCGUGCGCGAGUGGCGCUGGGCGCUCGCCCGCCGCCGCGCCGCGCGCUCCGCUGCCGCCCGCCAGACGCUGCUGCAGGCGCUCGCGUGCACUAACGAUGUUUGGAUAUUGAAACAGUUCCUAGAAUGGACGAUAUCGGACAACAGCGAGGUGCGUCGCCAGGACGGGCGCUCCGCCAUCACCGCCGUUAUCAGCUCGCCCGUCGGCUACUACGUCGCCCGCGACUUCGUCUAUGACCGCAUCGCCGAUAUAGCGAAGGCAUUCUCGAGCCAAGAGACGAGCAUUGGUCACAUAGUGAAAUCCCUUCUGGGUCAAUUCACCACUCAGAAGGAACUUGAUGAGUUCAUGAAAUGGAAGGAGCUAAACGGCAAAUACUUAGAGAAGUCUGAGCUCUCAGUCCGUCAGGCCAUCGAGAGCGCGCAGGUCAACAUUAACUGGUUCAGAACCAACAGGAAGACUGUCGUAGAGAAACUGAGGGAGUUCUCCGCGUAAGACAAAAAAACUCAGCGUAGAAAUAUAGUAGUCAUAUGCCUUGUUUUAAAUGCUUUUUGACGGGAGUUUAUCUAUUUGACGGCGUUGUUGAUUGGUUAAUUUUGAUGUCAGGCAAAUUAAAAGCGCUACUUAGUUAACGGAUAAACUUCAGUUAAAUACUUUCAGAAACCAGGCAGUAGUCGUUUAAUUUGAAGUAAAUCAGCGUAAUGACCAAGUUUAUUCGUUAAGUUUGAAGUGAGACAUUAUCCAAAUGGCACUUAGGCCCUAAAAAUAACCAAAUUAGGUGUGGAAAAUGUACCUAGUUACUCGUAUCAUAAAACCAGUGGUAGGGAUUUUAUUUUAUGUAAUUUACUUAAUGCAAGAUAAACCCCAAAUUAGUUCUACGAUAGAAGAGUAGAUUAUUGAAUGAUGAGAAAUAAUUAUUGAAUUUAUGACUAAAUUAUAUUAAAGAUGCUGAUGACUCACUUUAAUCUUAACGCGAAUAUUAACGCUGUGUUGUUAAACUAAUAAGUACAAUUUGUAAGUAGAAAUUAACGCUUUUGUAGUUUGAGAUUGUAAGGGGACAAACUCCCCCUUUUAAAAGUAAAUAACUAUUGUAUUUUGUGAUUAACAUGUUAUUGUAAGAUCUGUAUUGUAUUUUUGUGAUAAUAAGUAGUUACAAACACGUAUUCCGUCCAUAUAUCUAUAUAUUAAUACGUGAGCCAAAAACUUUGUAUCCCUUUUGACA